AUGGCAUUCAGACACAAGGAGAAGCGCAAGGAAAAGCGGCAACUAGAAGCUCAGGAAAAACUGAAGAAAGAGGCACGCAAAUGUCUUACUAGGAAAGAGAAAAGCAAGAAGAGUGUCAGGGAAGUCAAGAAAGUUGUGAGCGAAGUGGUCAUCACUACCUCGGAUACAGGUAUCGUUCAAACUCCAUCCUACGCUAGUGGGAUCCUAUCAAAAUCUCGGGGAACGUUCACCCGUUUUACAGAUAGAAUCCGGACGUCACCUCGCCUUUUUGCAGAAGACCUCUACUAUACAUAUGUCGAUGCCGACACCGACACCGACAACGCCACUUCUCGACUCUCACUCAUUCAAAUUCAACAGGAAUUCCUCUCCGAAUGCGUUACCUCUCUCAAGGAUGACUGGAACUCAUUGUAUCAGACCGUUGGUGCAUGCAGAGAGCUAGAAGACAUCAAGAUGAUGAAAGCAGAGGUUUCUCUUACACUCUCGUACAUAGAUGAACUUGAAUUUUUUGCAGCGCUUGGGUAUAGUGAACUCCGGAGAGCCUACAAGGCGAAGGAGCUCUGGCUGCAGACAUAA